AUGGCGCCCCGCAAGCCUCGCUGCAACUUCAAGGAGUGCAAGGAAGCCGCUCAACGCAUCGUCGGAGACUGCAGCUUCUGCAGUGGUCACUACUGCUCUAAGCAUCGCAUGUUGGAGGCUCAUGCCUGCACUGGUCUCGAGGACUGCAAGAAGGAGUCCCACGCCCGCAAUGCCGAUAAGCUCAACAUUCGCCACCUUGGGUUGGGGAGGGAGUUUUGA